GCCUUGCAGUCCGCGUCGUCGUUCCUCCGAGCGCGAGCGCGCGAAGUGUCGUAGAGUGGUCUUGGACGCCGCCGCCGCCGCCGUCCCGUCAGUCUAGGGCCGCCCUCGGCGCAGUAAGCUGGACUCCGCGAUCGCGUCUUGUGCUUGUGUGCGAUGUGCGGUGGUGGCUAGUGCUCAGGGAUGCCGAGCACCGGCUCUCCCGGGGACCAUGCAGAGGUGGCCGUGAAACCGUGAGGCGGCAACGCGGCAGACAUGUGUACGAUAUCGUACCGGAGAUGUGCAUGUUUCGUGUUCCUAGUGGUCCUAGUUGUGAGUUGUUCAGGUUUCCGCGCGGAUAGUCUGGAGAUGACGGACGUUAGCAGGAGGAACUCGCCGGAGGGGGCGCACCGCCUGCGCCACCGACGCCAGGCGGUGGCGCCGCGCCGCCGCCUCCACUGCCCCGAGUUGGACGCGUCGUGGAAGGCGUACCGGGCGGACGCCGUCGCCGUGGCCAGCGUCGACAGCAGGAGCUUCAAGUGCAAGGGCAACUGCCCGGUGCAGUUCAAGAUACACCAGUGGCUGAAGAACCACCCGCCCUACGACGAUGAGCUGAUUAGGCUCACGUUCCGCACAGAGAGGGGCGCCGUCUGCGACAGCGACGACGCGGAGACGACGACGCCCUACUUCCCAGUCAAGAGUAUCGAGCUGAGCAAGAAGUACAUCCUCUUCCUGAGGACGGACGGGCCGCACAGCUACAGGGCGGCGUACGCGCCGGAGAUCUCCAAGAACAAGACGAUCAAGACAGUGAGGAGAGUUAGCGACGCGCAUUUCAGACCAAAACCCCUGCGGCUAGAGAUAGUACCCCGAAACGAAAGCCGUAAACGACUGAGAUUAAUAUGUAGAGUUCGAGGGUUCCCCAUUCCCUUAAUCACAUGGAAGGUGAACGACACCAUCCUCCUCCCAAAUAACCGAACACGGAUCACACAGAAAAAAAGAAAGAGUACGCUAGUGAUACGCAACUUAACGGAGGCGGACUACGGCCGGUACCGGUGUGUGGCUCGCAGUGUGGAUAAGAAGAGUUCUCACGUCGACCGUACGAUAGGUCCCAAAACGAUGAGCAAACCCAAAGUGACGACGACGACAAACAGACCCAAACCUGGUAUCAAUUCAACUGUUUCAGAUAGUGAUAGGAAGCCCUGCGACUUCCCGAUGAAUAGAGACUUCUGCUUAAAUGGAGGCACUUGUUUUUUUACGCAGAGCAUGGUAGAAUAUUCGUGUGAGUGUCCCAACGGCUUCGUGGGCCAAAAAUGUGAAACAAAAACGUCCGAUCAACUUAGUACGUAUCAUCACACCCCUCUUUCCACUUGUAAAGUAGGCCUCUUUACGAAAUACGAUAAAUGUUAGAAACUAUUCCUUUUUUACUCGGUUCAAGUUCAGUGGUGGACUUUGCACGCACACGAGUACGGAGAAAUUGUUUAGUGUAUCUGAAUAACAUCGACACUGUAAAAAUAACUUGUUACCGUUGUACAUACAGACAUUUAGAGAAAAAUCCACAUGAACUGUAUAUUUGUAAACUAUCCUACUGUAUAAGACUGUUAAAUCGUACGUUUUGUUUCAUUGGACAGUCACAUGAGUAUAAUAUAGAAUUAACUUUAUACCUGACAUCGAAUUCGUUUUUUUAACGUUGCAAUCGAAAAAUUCGAUUUGGAUUUCAGGUAAAAGGCGAUGUACCUAUAAAUAUCAGGGACCGACAUUUUACUUAAUUUUUUGUAUAAAGUCAUGUAGAUAUAUUUAUUUAUUACAUCUAUACUCACAACAAAGUCUUUAAAACUUUAUUACAAAUUCUAAAAAAAUGAAAUAAAAAAAUAGUUGUAAAACUUAUUAAUAAACAAUGAAAAAAAUUCCGCCGUCUUUUAUUGCUAUUGGUUUGUUCACCCUAAUCUGGUACGUUAGUUGGGAAUAAAGGAUGCUCUAAUGGAUUUAAAAUUUGUUUUAUAGGUAUGUAAAAAGUUUUGCCUGCUCUUUAUUACUGUACUAUUUUUACUACGUAUUUGUGAUUAACCAUUCUUUAAUAACUUUAUUACUAAUAACACUCUCGAAACGUAAUCGACUCUCUAGAUUUGUUGUGAGUUUCAGAUGUCUCUACUAAACUAUUGCAUGUCCCUUUUAGAAGUACGUUAACAUUUCGUAGUAACCAAAUUUUCACGAAACAUCGAGGUGCCUAGCACCUCCUUGUUCUAUCACUGACCAACUCUGAACUACACCACACUAAACUAAAAACGAUAGAAAUCUCAAAAUUACGAUAACCCUCUCUCUCGCCCAAUCAACACUUUAACUUUUUAUG